ACUUGGUUGAAAUUGGGAUGGGUUUUCCUUAUCUCCCAGAUAUCUUAUCAAAAUGACUUUGACAAUGACUAUUAGUGUCCGUUAUUAGAAAUGUAAUGAUCAGUUUUGACCCGAUCAAAGACUGUUAUGCUGUCUUGGUUCUAUAAAAAUUAUUCAGUAUGGGAGUAUUAGCAGUGUGCAACAGCCGUGUAUUUAAUGGCAAGAGAGCAUCUGGUGUGUGUUUAUUUGUAUCAGAGAGGAUAGACCUUAGCAAAGUAGCGACCCGUAGAGCGUGAUGGUGGGUUUCAAUAAGAAUGAAUCUUUAUCCACUUAUAAAAUUAUGAUAGCCGGCGCGGCAGCAGGUGCGGUGACGAGAGCCUUAUUUCAACCAAUAGAUGUCAUAAAAAUCAAGUUUCAGCUCCAAGUCGAGCCGAUAAAAUUGACUUCGACCAUUUCAAAAUACAAUUCGCUUCUUCAAGCGGUGAAGACAAUACACUAUGAAGAAGGUUUAAAAGGGCUCUGGGCCGGACACAACCCAGGACAAAUACUCUCAAUCAGCUAUGGCAUUGUAAACUUUACAGCAUUUGAAAUUUUAACGAAAUACUUUGGGAAGGAACGGACAGGGUUGUCGCAUUUGUUGUGUGGCACUAUAUCAGGAAUAACUGCUACAGUCGUCUCUUUCCCGUUUGACACGGUCCGGACAAGAUUCGUUGCAGAAGGCCGAAGAUACAACACCACUAAGCAGUACAAAACGAUUUACCACAGUUUAAUAACUAUGGUAAAGCACGAAGGGUUAAGAGCACCUUUCAAAGGGCUUAGCACGAGUUUAAUCCAAGCUGGACCGCUUUCAGGAUUGGUAUUCUUAACGCACAAUUUCGUAUCAAAACUAUUCAUUGAAACCAAGCUUUUAACAACUGGGGCGAGCAAAUUGAAUCUUAGUGGAAACAUGGUUGCCGGUGCGAUGUCUGGCUUUAUUGCCAAAACGCUUGUUUACCCUUUGGACAUGGCUCGGAAACGAUUGCAAAUCCAAGGGUUCCAGCAUGCCAGACAGAAUUUUGGCCUUAACUUUUACUGCAAAGGUCUCUUCAAUUGUAUUAAACUAGUCUUGAAAAAUGAAGGGUUUUUUGCUCUAUUCAAAGGAUGGACUCCGAGUGUCAUCAAGGCAGUAUUGACCACAGCAUCCCAUUUUGUUAUUUAUGAAGAAACCUGUAAAUUACUGUCAUGAUUUUCUGUUAAAAUAAAUUUCAUUUUAAUAGAAA